AUGGUGGACUACUACGAGGUGCUGGGCGUGCCCCGCCAGGCGUCGUCCGAGGCCAUCAAGAAAGCAUAUCGCAAGCUGGCGCUCAGGUGGCAUCCCGACAAAAACCCUGAGAACAAGGAGGAGGCGGAGAGGCGGUUCAAGCAAGUGGCCCAGGCCUACGAGGUCUUGUCAGAUGCCAAGAAGAGGGACGUGUACGACCGGUAUGGCGAGGCGGGAGUGGAGGACGGCGGCGGGGGCGGCGGGCCCUGCCGGCACCCCUUCGAGUACGUCUUCACCUUCCGCGACCCGGCUGAGGUCUUCAGGGAGUUCUUCGGGGGCCGCGACCCGUUUUCGUUCGACUUCUUCGGAGACCCACUAGAGAACAUCGUGGGCGGUCGGAGGAGCUCCCGGGGAAGCAGAAGCAGAGGAACCACUCCCUUCUUCUCGGCCUUCAGUGGAUUUCCAGCAUUUGGGGGUGGUUUUUCUUCUUUUGAUACAGGAUUUAGUUCCUUUGGUUCCCUGGGGAGCGGAGGCCUUCCUUCCUUCUCCAUGUCUUGUGGUAGUGGUGGGUCCAGCAACUUCAAAUCCAUGUCGACUUCCACCGAAAUCGUUAAUGGCAAAAAAAUCACCACCAAGAGAAUCAUUGAGAAUGGCCAAGAAAGAGUGGAGGUGGAAGAAGAUGGAGAGUUAAAGUCCCUGGUAAUAAAUGGCAAAGAGCAGUUGCUGCGCAUUGACACCAAGUAA